AUGAAUCUUAAUUAGAUUAGCUCUUUUUUAAACACUUCUUCUCAAUUAGAUUGUAAGGAAUCAGGAAUAUUCACCAAAUUUAAAUAGCCUAAAUUAGAAUAGUAGAACUAAAAUUUAGGAGACCAGUCAUACUCUUUAUAAUAAUUUCCUUCAUAGCUCUUAACAGCAGCAGGGAAAAUAAAUAAAAGUAGAAUAUACAAAGAUGUAGUAAGCGAGUUUAGAAAUCAACAGCUGUAAAUUCAAAAUGAAAAUUCUAUAGAUUAAAGUUAUGGAAACUGCAACGAAGACACUUAGCACAAGUUUAGCGAAUAAAAUUAAAUGUUAUUUAAUGAGUGCGAUGAUGCACAUAACAAGUUUUAAAAAAUUGAGAAUGAAAUUUCUUAGGUUAACACCAAAGAUUAAAAUAUAUCUAAAUUUAUAACUGAUGAUAAUAAAUUAUCUCUUAUUGAAACAAUCCAUCUUUCUCAUAAUCAUCAAAAAAGUCAAUAGAUUAAUUUAAAGGAAUAAUAAACAUUAUCCUUAAAAUAAGUAGCAAACUUAAUAUCUGUAAAUUAAAAAGCCUUCAAAAAGAGAAAGAACUUGCUAAACAUUGAAAAUAAAAAUACAAAAGAUAUUUGGAAAAAAAAGUGGAUGGAAAUAUUGGCAUUGGUAUCAAAAAUGUAAACGAUUGCGAAACAAAACAAAUUAUUUUUUAGACCAAAUUAGCUAAAAGAAAUUUAAAUUAGAUUAAUUAAUGAUUUGUCCAGCAAUUAAACACAUUCAAAUCAAAUAUCCUAAUUUAAUAGAUAUAAGUUAGGAAAGUUUAUGACUUAUGGUAAUUUAAAGGGUAUUUUGUCUUUCAAAAAUUAUAGGAAACUAAUAAAAUUCAUCUUAAAAUAUUUUGGGUGCAUAAUUAAGUCAUUUAAUAAAUUCAAACUCACCUCUAAAAAUAUAGGAAUUUUUUUUUUAAAGAAAUUUCCUUUAUUUCAAAGUUAGUCAUCACUUUAUAUCAUAUGGGAAGCUAUAAUCUUUGUUAUAUCAUCUACUCUCUUUCUUUAUAUACCUUUUGAAUUUUGCUUUAAUUUGUAAAGAGAUAUAUUUUUUAUCUAUUUUAUUUAAUACAUCUCCACCAUAGCACUUAGCAUAGACAUUUUUAUCAAAUUUAACACUUUGUCAACUGAGCAAGGCACUUUUAUAGAGUAACACCUACAGAUUUUUUCUAAUUACAUAAGUUCCUAUUUCUUGUUAGAUCUCAUUAGUAUGAUAUCUCUUAACUCUCAGAUAUUAGAUGUGAAUGGACUCUAAUUCUUGUUCUUUUUAAGGAUUUUAUAACCUUUUAAAAUACUUGAAGUAUUUAGAGAAUAAUUUCUUUUAAAAACAUCGAUUUAUGGAGUUUUAUCUUUGCUGUAUCUAUUAGUUUAAGUGAUAUAUUUUGCUCAUUUAUUUACCUGUCUCUGGAAUUAUGUUGGACUGUAUUAGCUAUAAUAAGGCUAAGGAUGGAUGGUAAAUUAUAACUUUUAAACAGAAUCUGUAACAAACAGGUAUAUUUAGAUAUUUUAUUAUGCUAUUGUUACUAUGACAACAAUAGGCUAUGGGGAUUUUACAGCAUAAAGCUAGUUAGAAAAAUUACUUAUGAUUUUUGUAGCUUUCUUUUCAUGUGGUAUUUUUGGCUACACUAUUAAUUCAAUUGGUAAUAUUUUAUAUGAUUUCAAAUAAAAGUAAGACCUCUACCUUUAAGAAUUAGCAAAAGUAAAUAAAUAUUUUAAACAAAACAAUGUCGAAUUUGGUUUGUAAUGCAGAGCAAAAAAAUAUAUUUAAUACUUAUACAGUGAUUAAUAUUGUGAUUAAUCAUGCUCAAUUAAGUCUCUUUCUUCACUUUCUGAUUAUCUAUAGAAAGAAAUACAACAAGAUGUAUAUAUCAGAAUGCUUAAAAAAGUUCCUAUUUUUAGAGAAAUUUUUACAGAGCAGAUAUUUAGUGAGUUAGCUCUUCAAGUCAAAGAAAAAAUUUAUUGCCAUGAUUAAUAAAUUAUAAAUGAUGAUGAUCAAGAAGAAGAAAAUGAAAGUAUCCUUUAUUUUAUUAAUGAUGGUACUAUUUUAGAAUAUUGCUAAUAUGAUCAAAAAACUGAACUUAAAGAAAUAUAGAGAUUUAGGUACGGAUAAUACUUUGGAUUGCUUAGGUUUAUGAAUGUGGAAACUAAUAGCAAGCUUAAAUAUAAAAGUGUUGGGGUUUCUUCAAUAUUAUAAAUUUCUUACUCUAAUUUUAAAGAAACUCUUAGCAAAUUUGAUAUAGAAUAUUAAAAAUUUUGCUUUUUAAAAGAUUAAGUUAUACAUCAAAGUAAUUUGUCAAAAAUUCACAUAUACUGCUAAUCUUGUCAAUAAAAAAAUCAUACUUUAGAGUAGUGUCCUUAUUUAUUUUAUGAAGGAAAGAAGGAAAUAAUUCUAAGAUAAUACUUAAAGGAAUGUAAUGAAACCAUUAGAAAUUUUAAGAGAAGGUAAAGAGAAAAGAGUUAAAAUGCAAUUUUAAAUUUGGAUAAAGUUCAAAAGGUAGCAGAUAAUUACUAUUUAAAAAAUAUUGAACUAUUUUCUCUUUGGGAUUUAAGUUUACUAUCUCAAUCUGAAACUGAUUAUGAUGAUGAAGAAGAGGAAGAAAACAAAGAUAAAUAAAAUUAAACCCAAUCUGACUCCCAAAGUGAAGUAGAAGAAAUUAAGUAAUAAAUUAAUGAAUUAAAACUCUAGAAUGAGCAAAAGUAAGGAGAAUUUCAAAAAAGAUUAUUAUAUGAUGAUUAGCAAAGAAUAUAGAAUGACAGAAAAAUAAGCCUUUAAAUACAUUAAUUAGAGAAUUAAAGUCUAUCUGAAUAAACAGAUAAUAAUGCUUCUAAUUCUGCAAAUAAAUUAAGUGUUAUUUUCAGUGGAUUAUCAAGCAAAUAAUUUUAAGAUGAAGAAAGCGUAACCUAAGAAGAUAAUCAUUUUAAUUAAACAAGUAAAAUCAAAAGAAAUAAAAGUUAAAAGAAGCUGAAAACUAAAGAUCAAAGUUUUAAAAUCAUAAAUACUUAAGACUAAGAAUAGUUAAUCAAGCAUAUAAAUAGCUAAAAUAUAAUCUCAACACAAAAAAAAUUGGAUAAGCUUUAAACAUUAGGUACAUAGUCAAAUAAAAAUGCUUUUAAGUAGUAGUGCCUACUAGUACUGAAAAAUAUUUAAUCAUAUUUAUAGUAAUCUAAUCAUAAUUAUGCUUACUGUAGUAUUAUAAGUUGCUCAAAUUGUAGUAAAAUCGAAACCAUGACAUAGAAUUUACUAAAAUAGAUGUCUGUACUAGAUAAAAGUAAAUCUAAUAACUCAGAUUGUAUGACAUCAUUAACUUCAGAAUUAAAUGUUAAAAAAGUUUGUUAAUCAAUUAGAUUUAAGCCUGAAGGUAACUAGACUAUAAAUUAAAAUAAAAUACAAAUGUCUCUAAACAAAAAUGGGAGUAUUUACUAAUAAAUUAGUAAAGGAAGCUCUAAAUAAUUAGUAAUUAUUUUUGAUUAGUUAUUUAUUUAUGAUUUUGAUAGACUCAGAAACUAUUAGUUCUAUUUUCCAAAUGGAAAUUAUUAAAAAAUAAUUGAAAAAAUCUAAUCAUAGAAUUAACAUAAAAAUAUAUUUUGCUUGUGA